AUGAAGUUUGUAUUCGUGUUUGCGCUUUUCGCGUUGGCUUCGUACUCUCAAGCUUAUUAUGAGGGCUCGUUGUACGUUGUUAAAUUGAAGCCGCAGGAUUUGAUAGAUCUCAAGAGCGAUGAUAAAGCCGAUUCGAUGUGGCUGAUUCAGUACUACAACGGCUCAGAUGCCUUCGCGAUGAGGAAUGGAAGUGUCGUAUUUGAAAACGUCGCGAAAUGCCUAUCCGGUUACGUUCAUAGCGGAGCAAUCGAUAUCGGCACCACUGAAUUACUCAAGUACAUUAAUCAGCUGAAAAGACUACCAUCUUACCAGAUGCUCGGUUAUUACAAAUACAUUCCCAACUAUUUGGGCGAUAUCGAAGAGGAAGAGGAGCUGACUGAAUCUACGGUGAAGCAAUUCCUGUACUUCUUCGACGAGAGAAGAAUGUCCAGAUUCGUAGAGACCAAAUGGAAUUACGAGCUGGGACGUACUGAUAUGGACGAUAUUCUGAACGAGUCGUUGAAGUCGUGGCUCGUGAUCUACUACCAUCCGCAGUGCGAGAAGUGCAAGAGUUUGGCUAAGAUCUGGCAGAAGCUUGUCUACGAAUUCAAAGAGAAGAUUUCGUUCGGUUCGGUGGAUAACUUGGAGUUUACAGUACUGAGCAACGUGGAGGAUUAUCCGGUGAUCAAGUUCUCUCCGAUGGGCAAAAAGAAGAACAAGGAGGAAACGUACGAGGGCGAUUUGACAUACGAAGCUUUAAGACAGUACGUUCUUGGAAAAAUUAAGACGCCGAAGGUGAAGCAGAUAACUGGGGUGAAUGUAAUCGGGCCUUGCUUGAAGCGCAAGCAUUGCAUCAUCACUUUCAUUCCUCUGCUGCUGUACUGCGACGCGGAUUGCCGCAGUAAUGUUCUCGGCGAUUUAAAUGAGACCAGCAAGAAGUACAAUACACGUUCGUGGAUUUGGCUCUGGUCCGAGUAUCAGGAUCAGGGAGAUCUCGAGCAAGUAUUCUCUAUACAAGAAUCGCAGCAUCCCAUCGUUUUGGUCCUAAACGUUCAUGGAAGCUCCUAUUUUAAAGUGGAGUAUCCUGAUGGUUUGAAUGCGGAGGAAUUAGAAGAUGUUGCAGGCAGGAUCGACAGAAACAUUGGAUUUGAUAAUAUUUUGCACAUUAAUUACAAGCCGGAUAUUAAAACUGCUCCUAUCUGGCGUCACUCCAAAGAAGAGUUAUAA